UUAGACGGACGGACAGCCAGGGGAUUCGGUCAUUUAGGACCGUGGAAGCAUCUUCGACGGCAGGACGACAGCAUCACCCACGAAUUAUCUGUGAAUUGGAUAUCAUGAUACUUUAGCCAUGGCCGUCCGUCCGAGGCAGUCUGCUCUGCCUCCAGCAGACUCUCGUCCAUCGCGUCGUCGCCCUCGUGCGUCGUCGCCCGCCUCUCCCCCUCGAUCGCCUCCGUCGCCUGCAUCGCCUCCAUCGCCUCACAGAAGCUCCCCAGACCUGCUCGACACGACAAUCGACCUCGAUCUCCAUCCUACAAACGCCUCGGGGCGCCGGCGUGGCGUGCAGCCUCGUCGCUCGCAACCCCGACGCCCCCUCGUCUCCCGACUGGAGACCCCACGCAGGGGUACCCUUAGGACGACGACGACAGCGACAGCGACGAAUAGCACCUCCGGCAGAAAAAUCUCCUCCUCCACCACCUAUCUGUCCCUUCAUCCUUCCAGCCGCGAAUCUCCCGAUCCCCUCGAUACCAUAUCCCCCGCCACGCUGCCCCCGACUCUGGGCCCGACGCGGGCCCCGACGCGUCCCAACGCCGCCGCCGCCGCCGUCGCCGUGUCGUCCUCCUCGCCCGCCCGCUGGCGCACCCUCCAUCACUACUUCUCGCCGGCGGUAGACACGAAGGAAGACAAGAAGGAGCAAAUAGAGAGACAGCAGCUGGAGGAAACCAGAUCGCUAGGCUCGCCUCCCCCGUCUUCGCCCCCGCAGAAGCGCGCUGCUGCUGCUGCUUCUGCGACGCCGCCGCCUGCCAACCAGCCAGACUGCCAGAGAGACAAUCAUGGUGGUCGCCGGUCGCUGCGCUCGCAGGGCAGCAGCUCGCGGGCCAAAAGCGAGCUGGCGCUGUAUUUUCACAAUUAUGAACAGAUCCUCAGUCUCGAACCGCCGAAACGGGAAUUUCUUGCUGGCGAUACAACUGUCGAACUAGUCGACGACCUCCCAGGUCCGCUCCCUAAAAAUGACAUGGAUGAAUCGCCAUUCGGCAACCCGCUACUCAACCUACACGAUUGCGAGAAGAUAGAACUGCCGAAGGUGGAAGAAGACAAUGGAGCAAAAGGAGAAGAAGAAGACCCGCUCAACGAGGCGAUCUAUUUCCGCGCGCACCGUCGCAUCGAGCGACAGGAGAAGCGGCUACGCAACAUCGAGCGCGACAAGGCCCAACAUGAACGCAUGCAGCUGGAACGCUUGCGCGACGAGCUGGAGGGCCACGACUGGCUGCGCGUGAUGGGGGUCAGCGGCGUUGCGGAUCCGGACAAGAAGCUCUACGAGCCCAAGCGGGCGUAUCUGAUCGGUGAGCUGUCGGCCCUGAUUAACAAGUUCCGCCUCUGGAAGGAAGAAGAGAAACGCCGCAAGGCAGAAAACAACAACAAUAGUAGUAUCAAAGAUGCGCCUUCACGCAUGACCGAUUCGGAAGAUCCUGUUCCCGCGCCCGAGGGCGAAGGGAAGCGCCGGCACAGCGAACUAAAACAACACAAGGAUAAGACCGACUCGCUGGAUGCAAGUGACAUCGACGCCUGGGCUGCCCACCAGUUGCUUCGCGAGACCCAGUCGGCGGGGACAGCAGGGAAACGUCUCAAGACGUAUAGUCGACGAUUAGCAGGGGCGUCUACAACAAUAAACCAUGAACCGCCGUCGCCUGCUCCCCUUUCUCCUCCUCUUCCCCCCCCUCCUCCCCCUCCUCCAGAGCGUCCCUUUACAUCGUUUUACCUGCAAGCACAUCUACGCGAAACCGCGCUCUCGCCCUCUAGUAUGGGUCGGAUCCGGUACGCGUUUGGCCAGCCCAUUCCGGAGAUCAACGUGCGCGAGUUUGCGCUCCCCGCCGAGAUUCUCACCGAGGAAACCAUUAAUGCAUGUCGGAGGAAGAGGAGGCGGAUGAAAAGGGAGAGUAUAAAGAGGUGAUGGUUAUGUAUGAAUCCCCGUUACUUUUUUUUUU